UGGAAGGUCAACGUUUUGACGACGGCGCGCUGAUGUUGCUGUUUGUCGAUGCGCCGACUGGACAUUGAAAAGAUUUGUUGAUAGAAGUCUUGUCAUCGGACAAGACGGGUGUCGGCUGCUGUGUUUUCUCCCUCUCCCUGGAAGAGAAAUGCGGAACCUGAAGUUACUGAAGAGCCUGCGGAAUGCUGAGUUCCAGAACCCAGGUAGUCCGCAGGCUUUUGCUGUUCGGGCAGACACCGGUGCAAUACUGCUUGCCUCUGAAUACUCAAUCACAGAAUUUGAGCCACGAACUGGCCAGGUGUUGAGUGAAGUUUCCCUGACGGCAGAUGGUUUCCUCCCAGAGGACGGUAGUGGGAAGGUAGUCGGCAUUCAAGACAUGGCUGAACUGGAGUCGGUAUGUGUGGCCACAGCCAGCGGUGAUGUCAUCCUCUGCAACCUGCUCACAAAGCAGUUGGAGUGUGUCGGUAGUGUGGACAGUGGUCUGACCACUAUGAGCUGGAGCCCUGAUGAGGAGCUGGUCACUCUCAUCACUGGACAAGAAACUGUCAUCAUGAUGACCAAAGACUUUGAACCAAUCACAGAGGUUGGAAUCCACCAGGAUGAUUUUGGUGAAGAGAAGUUCAUCACGGUUGGCUGGGGGAAGAAGGAGACCCAGUUUCAUGGAUCAGAAGGCAAACAGGCGGCCCAGAAGAAGACAGUGGAGGUCCAGCCGGCCUUGGCAUGGGAUGACCGUAGACCCAGGGUGACGUGGCGAGGAGAUGGGCAACUCUUUGCAGUCAGUGCGAUCUGUCCUCAGACCGGAGCCAGGAAGGUCAGAGUGUGGAACAGGGAGUGUGUCCUGCAGGCCACCAGCGAGCCCGUCAAUGGCCUGGAGCAAGCCCUGUGCUGGAAACCCUCAGGCAGCCUCAUAGCGUGCACGCAGCGCCAGCUCAACAAACACAGUGUGGUGUUCAUGGAGAAGAAUGGACUCCUGCAUGGAGAUUUCACCCUCCCUUUAAGCAGAGACCAGGCCAAGGUGAAGGAGCUGCUGUGGAAUAGUGACUCCUGUGUCCUGGCUGUUUGGCUGGAGGAGAUGAAUCCAGGGGAAGACGGCCAGAUCGACACAUACAUUCAGCUGUGGACGGUGGGAAACUACCACUGGUACCUCAAACAGAGUCUGCACUUUGGCAGAGAUCCCCAGAAGGCUCCCGUCUGUGUCAGCUGGGACCCGGAGCGCCCCCUGCGGCUCCACAUGGUGACACGUGGCUGGACCAGCCUCACCUACGACUGGGGCUGGACCACGGAGCGCAGCAGUGGCCUGAAUGCCACCGACAAUGGCAAUGUGGCUGUGAUUGACGGGGAUAAGAUUCUGGUGACAUCGUUCCGUCAGGGUGUGGUUCCUCCUCCCAUGUGUACCUUCGAACUCCAGCUGACGUCUGAGGUCAACCAGGUGACCUUCCUCUGCCAGCCCCAGAGAACCAAUCAGCUGGCAGCAUUCACGGCGGACGGACACAUCUCUGUCUUUGGCCCCAGUACGUUCAGCCCAGAUCCUGCAGAUGGACCCAGUAAAACAGCAGAUAGCUUCAGGAUAGUGUCCCAUCCUCUUGUCCUCCAAACCAAAUACAGUGUUGUGACGGAGCAGGAGGAGCCCCUGGCGCUGAGGCAGCUGCUGUGGCUGAGAGAGGACGUCUUCCUGGGCCUCAGUGCCGCUCCGCUGCCUGGAACCUCCACGCUGCUCCUCCUCGGCCCUGGCCUUCCCCAAGAUGCCACACACACAAUCACUGUCAGGUCGCAGGUGGAGGUGGAGGGUGUUGUGAUCAGCAUGACAUACUGUUCUCAGACCAGCACUGUGGCACUGCAGCUGGAGGAUGGACAGACGAGGAAGUUGCUCUGGGAUCGUCCCGAACCGUCUGUGAAGGACUGGCUGGACUCAAGCAGUCGGAGCAUCAACUUUCCUGUUCCCUGUGUGCAGAUGGCGAUCUGCACCAUCGCUGGAGAGGAACAUCUUCUGGGGCUGACAGACAGAUCUCAUCUCUACGCCGGAGACACUGAGUUGGCCUCCAACGUUUCUUCCUUCCUGGUUUACGAUGACUUCCUCCUUGUGACCACUUACUCACACACCUGUCGCUGCCUCCAACUGAGCGCACACACUGUCCAAGGGCUGCAGACAGCUCUUGGUGCAGAUAAAAACCAGAAUGACGAGACGACACGCAGAGUGGAGAGAGGCUCCAGGAUUGUUACUGUGGUGCCUCAAGACACAAGAGUCAUCCUACAGAUGCCUCGUGGGAACCUGGAGACAAUCCACCAUCGAGCGCUGGUACUGGCGCAGCUGCGGAAGUGGCUAGACAGUCUGCGGUUCAGAGAUGCCUUUGUGUGCAUGAGGAAGCUGAGGAUCAACCUGAACCUCAUAUAUGACCACAACCCAAAGGUCUUCCUGGACAACAUAAAGACCUUCCUCGCACAGCUGAACACCAUCAACUACAUCAACCUCUUCCUCACCGAGCUCAAGGAGGAAGAUACCACCAAGACCAUGUACCCCUGUCCUAGGAACAGCCCCCAGCACUGCCAUCUAGCGGCCGGUAGGAAGAAGGUCGACACUGUGUGUGACGCUUUACGGAGCUGUAUGGAGUCCAUGGAUCCACACCAUUACUGUCUGUCUGUGCUGACGGCACAUGUGAAGAAGUCAGUUCCUGAGCUGGAGAUUGCACUACACAAAGUCCACCAACUUCGAGUGAACCCGCCUGACGUUGCUGGCGCAGUCAGCGCCGAGGAGGCUCUAAAGUACCUGCUCUUUCUGGUUAAUGUCAACGACCUUUACGAGCACUCUCUGGGCACCUACGACUUCGACCUGGUCCUCAUGGUGGCCGAGAAGUCCCAGAAGGACCCAAAAGAAUACCUGCCCUUCCUCAAUAAGCUGAAGACUCUGGAGCCAAACUACCAGCGCUACACCAUCGACAAACAUCUGAAGAGAUACAGAAAGGCUCUACAUCACCUCAGCAAGUGUGGAGAGGAACACUUCCCUGAGGCUCUGGACCUGGUUAAGGAACAGAACCUGUAUACCGAAGCACUGAGACUCUACCCGGUAAACAGCCCUCAGUACAAGGCCCUGAGCUGUGCCUACGCUGAACACCUGGUGGAGCAUCAGCAAGCGGAGCAGGCAGGGCUGUUGCUAUGGCGAUGUGGCGAGCCGUCCCGCGCCCUCCAGGCCUUCGUCAGCAGCAGCAGCUGGAGACAUGCCCUCUGUGUGGCCCAGCAGGUCCCCCUCCCCCCCGACCAGCUGGCGCUGUUAGCCCGAGACCUGGCAGAGAAGCUGAUGGAACAGCGAAGGUACACUGAAGCAGCGCUGCUGUUGGAUCAGUAUGCAAAGGACUGUGAGGAGGCCAUCUCGGCGCUGAUCAUAGGUGCAGUCUGGGAAGACGCGCUCCGAUUGGUUUAUAUGCACAACAGACAAGACAUCAUCGAGACCAACCUGAAACCAGCUCUUCUGGAAGCCUUCAGUACCCAGAUGUCUUUCCUGGAAGCUCAGACGGCAACGUUUGUCCGCCAUAAAAACCGUCUGGCUGUCGUACGAGAGCUGAAGGAGAAGGCCAGACUGGAACUGCUUGAUGAGGACGGUGCAAACUGUCCAGAUGGGGAUCUCUAUUCUGAAGCCAGCAGUGUGAUGACAAACUCCAAAUACUCUCACAGCAACUCGCGCAUCUCUUCGAGGUCAUCCAAGAACCGCCGUAAGGCAGAGCGUAAGAGUCUGAGUCUGAAGGAAGGGAGUCCCCUGGAGGACAGAGCGCUGAUGCAUGCCCUGACAGAGAUGUUCACUUCUGUGGACAAGAUGAGAGAGGAAGUGCAUAACCUGUUGAAGACCCUGGUGUUAUUCCAGUUUGAUCAACAGGCAGAGAAGUUACAGCUGGCCUAUGAGGAGGCUCUCCUGCUGAUGGAGGCGGCUGUUCCUGAGGUGUGGCAGGAAGGCCUCUCACAGAACCAAGCCCCGAUAACUGGCCCCAACUCCACAGCAAACAGCAUCACGGCCUCCUUUCAGCAGCAGAAGGUUACUGGCACUCAGCUAGAUGCUGAAAUCUUCAGACCCCCAAAGAUGAGAAACAACAUCAAGUGGAAGCUUAUUGUUCUUAAGUAGACUGGUUAAGAUUUUUUUUAUGUAAACUGUAAAUGAAAAUGGCAAUUCUUUGUUAAUA